UAAAAAACAAAUUAUUGUUAUAAAUUCGAAAAUCUAAUGUUUGCAUAAUAAGCUUAUAAUUACAAUUCGCAAAUAAACAUAUUAUAUAAAUAUGAAGCAGUAAAUAAUAUAAAUUGUCAAUAUUUAAAAAAAAAUAUUUUAAAAUAAAAUAUAUUAAUGCAAGUAAACGAUUUACAUGACACCUUAAAUUAUAAUAAUUGCUAACUCAUAAACAUUUUUAAUUCUUUAUACGUCUACGUUAUAAUAAUUAUAACUCAAAAUACAUAAGUAUAUAAGUUGUAAUAGUAUAUAUUGUGUGUAUUUAUUUUAUAUGUGAACGUGUUUUUAUCAUUAUUAAAAUUUGCAUAAUAAGCAUAAAUUGUCCUUAAGCUUCUCUUAAAUAAUUUACAUUAAAAGUAAAUUUAAAGUUCUCGUAUAACAAAAAUAAAUUUAUUUUGUUCGAAAAAUUUUAAUGUGUACUAUUAAUAAAAUGGAGAAUACAUAAGUAAUAUGUAGAAUAUUUUAUGUAAUUUUGCUAACAUACAAAUAUAAAUAUUUUAAAUACUUAAGUAAUUGCUACAUAAAGGAGAUAAAUAAUUAAAAUUAUUGUUUAUUAUAUUCUAAAUAUUUGGAGAAAAUAUUUGAAAUUUCAAAAUUCUUUAAAAUUUUGUUAAAAAAAAAUAAAUCAAAUAUGAUUGAUCAAUCACAAUCGGUAUACAGUAAUUGUUGUAAUAAUGAUUCAGCUACAACAAUGCCAUCGACACCAACAUCAGUAACAACAACAAUAGGUUUGAAUGCAUACAAUGGUUGUACACAAAAUCAGCAACAAUCAUAUAUCCAACAGGAUUAUGAUAUACCAAUUCAAAGAAGGAUUAAUAAAACAAUGCUAAAGAAAAUUUAUGCAAAAGCAAUAUAUGACAAUAUUGCUGACAAUCCUGAUGAAUUGGCAUUCAAAAAGGGUGACACAUUAACCGUUUUAGAACAGGAUAUUGAAGGAUUAAAUGGAUGGUGGUUAUGUACCUUAAGGGGUAGACAGGGUAUAUGCCCAGGGAAUCGUUUACGUGUUAUAAAUUCAUAUGAUUCUGGUUGUUUUUCACCAUCACCAUCAUCAUCACCAUGUCCGUCAUCAUUGGGUGCAUCAACAGCAACGUUAAACAGUUCAAUAUUAUCAUCAUCAGAAAUAUAUGAGAAUACAUCAUCGACAAAUGGUAGUGCUGGUGGUGGUGGUGGCAGUGUUGGUGGUAUUGGCAUAAAUGUUAAUGGUAUGCCAAUAAAUUCAACAUUAUUACAAUAUGAUAAAUUAAGUAUGUUGAGUAUGAAUAGCAUUAACAGUUGUAGUUUAAGUUUAAAUGGCAGUAAUAGCAGUUACAGUGGUUAUAAUAAUAGUAAUAAUAGUAAUCAAAUCUAUAAUAAUUAUAAUAAUAACAGCAACAAUAACAACAGUCAAUUUAGUCAAAAAUACUAUCAAGGAAAACGAAGGUCAUGGCAUAUUACACCUCAUAAGGUCAUAACCCCACAAAAAUGUGGUGAUGUUUAUUUAUAUGAUCUAUUACCAUCACCAACAGGAUUAAAUCCAUUGAAUAUUUAUCAAAAUUUCGCUCAAAUAAUGGCUGAACAAAGUACAUAUGAUACACCAAAACCGGCAACACCAGUUAAUUGUGACACACCAACUGGUAAUAAUUCAUUAAAAAAUCCAUUAUGGAUUAAACCAACACCAUUAAUGUUAUCAUCAAAUCGAAAUGAUAUUUGUUCAUCACCAUCGACACCAAUGAAUAAUUUAUCGGGUGCAUUAACACCAUCAUCAAUAAUAAGGCCAUCAAUAAUUGAUGAUUCAUAUGAUAUUCCAAAGCCAAUUAGUAUAUUACAUCAACAGAAUAUGACACCAAGCAGUUCAAAUUCAUCAUUAUUGACAUCUGAUUUAAGUCUUUCAUUUCCAUCAUCAAAUCGAUCAUCAAUGGCACCCGAUUAUGACAUACCUAAGAAGAAUCCAAUAAGAAAUCAAAAUCAAAUAUCAUCAUCAUCGUCAUCAUCUUCGUCGUCAUCAUCAUCAUCGGGAAAUCAUCAGCAGUUACAAAGUACUUAUGAUUCACCACAGCCAAAAACACCACAAUCAAUUAUAAAUAAAUCAUUGUUAUCAACACCAGCUGUAACACCACUAGUCCCAACCAAAGAACUUCCAUUAGAAUUACCAUCAGCUCUGGAAACAUUAGCAACAUUACAAACCGAAGCAACAACUGCAAUAACAAGAGUAUUAGCAUAUGUUACUUCAAAUUGGAGAGAAUCUGAAAAAUUAGAACCAAUAUUAAUGGAUCUAAAAUUGGCUAUACAACGUUUAAAAACAGCAUUACAUGAUUUAACUGAAUUUUGUGAAGGAGCAUUAGGAAAUGCAUCAAGAUCUGAUGAUAAAUCAUUAAUAAUUAAAUUAAAACCAUUGGUUAUUGCAUUAAGAGCAGCCGAUAAAUUAUUACAUGAAUCAACGAAUAAAAUUGAAAUACGUGGUUGGACAAUUGAAACAUUAUCAAGAGUUGAACAAAAAACCCAAAGCCCACCAGAUGCAUUAGAUCAAUUAAUUUCAUGUGCACAAACUUUAACAGAAGAUGUAAGACAAUCAGCAUCAUUUAUACAAGGAAAUGCACCAUUAUUAUUUAAACGUAUACCAUCAUCUCAACAACAACAGAAUCAACAACAACCAACAACACCAACUGGUAGUUUAAAUAGUAAUGAAUGGGUUCAAGAUUAUGAUUAUGUUAGUUUUGAAUCAAAAGAUUCAGCAGCUAAAAAGAAUUCUGAAUUACGUGAAGCAAUACCAGCUAAUUUAAAAAAUAAAUUUGAUAGUGUUAUUAAAAAUGCUGAAACAAAUGCCAUGAACAAUGAAAAAUUAGAAUUAGAUCCAAAUGAUAAAUUAGUUGUUAAAUAUUAUGCUGCACAAAUUAUAACACAUAUGGGUUAUUUAACACAAGCAAUUGAUUCAUUUUUAGAUACUGUUGAAAAAAAUCAACCACCAAAAUUUUUUAUAGCCUAUGGGAAAUUUGUUGUUUUAAGUGCACAUAAUUUAGUCAGUAUUGGUGAUAUUGUACAUCGAAAUGUUAAUAAACAGGAUUUAAAAACACGUAUUGAACAAUAUACUGAUUCAUUAGCUGAAGCAUUAAAAACUUGUGUAUUAAAAUCAAAGAAAGCUGCACAACAUUUUCCAAGUGUUGUUGCUGUACAAGAAAUGGUUGAUUCUGUUGUUGAUAUAUCACAUUUGGCAUCAGAUUUAAAAAUUUCAAUGUUACAAGCUGUUCAGUCUUAAACAAAUAAAAAAAUAGAGAAAUUCAGGAAAUUUGAAAACGGUACUAUUAAAUUAAAAAUAUAUAAAAAUAUUUAUAUAUUUUGCGCAUUCAAUUUUUAAGCAUAUUUAAUCAUAAAUUUUUAUAAUAUACGAAAAUUAAAAAUUAUCGUACACUUUUUAAUAGCGAAAUUGACCUACAAUAUAAAAUUUUGUAGUUGAUAAAAGGAGAAAAAGUGCUUACCAUUAUAUACCAAAGAAAACUCAAAAAAAUUUUUGUACAUUUAAAGCGAUUUAGCUGUUUAUAUGUGUGGUUUUUUAAAUGAAUAAUAUGCUAAACGAAAUUUUUCUAUUAUAACCUUAGAAUGCUGAAAAGAAAAGUUUUAAAAUAUAAUUUUGAUUAAAGACAAAAUUGCAGCCAAAAAUUAUAACAAAUUCUUUUGCGGAUUUGAGAUUUCAAAUUGAAAUUCUAUGAAAUCAAAUUGAAAUUAGAUGUUAUUAAUUUUGAUUUGAUUAAAAUCUAAAUUGAAAUCAUGAUAUACCAAAUAUUUAUUCUAUAGGUACAAUUCAAUGUGAAAACUUUCAAUUCAUGCUUGCAUUAAGCUUUAAUCUUCUUAAUUUUUUAAACUUUAAUCUCUUUCUUAUUUAUACAAGUGUUAACAUUCAAGUGUAGCUCUUGUUUUUAUACAAUAUUAAAGUGUAACUCCACAAAUGCAUGAACUUGAACUUAAUUUUCGAAUUCUCGUACAGUUGGCCCUAAUUUUAGACCAACGCAAUCACUUAUUUUAGCUAUUGCAAGCUUAAUAAGUAUGCACUGCAUAGGAAUGAUUAAUUCAGUAUUUAACACUCCAAAACUCGAAAAAUAUUUUUUAGUAUUACGAGUUGAAGCGGAAAUAAAUCAUUGAAUCGAUUAACUUCUUCAUUACGAUUAUAUUAAACCUACAACAAUAGUAUAAAUUUAAGACUCAUAAUAAAAUUAAUUGGCAAAUUACUUAAUAAAAUUAGAAAUAUUGUAAAAUAAUAAUUAAAUUAUAGUAAAUUUAUAUACAAUACAAAAAUUUAUAUGCGAAAUUCAAUUUUGAUACAAUAAAAUUUUUAUAACAACGAUAAAAAGCAAAAAGCACAAAGAAAAAUGUAUUAGGUACAAUUCAUAUAUACUGCCAAAUUAUAAUCUAGAUUGUAGGUGCUUAAAAUAGAAAUAAAAUAAAUUUAACAAAAAUAUUCAUGCAUAAAUACAAUAUGUACACACACAAAAUACCUUAUAAUCAUUAUAUACAACUUAUUUAUGUAAUUAAGUGAUUAUUCAACAAAAAAAUUUCAAUGCCCAGUAAAUAAUUUAAUUCUAAAGAAAAUUGUUGUUAUUGUUUUAAAUUUCCAAAACAUUAAAAAAAAAAAAAUUCACCAAAAAAUCAAUUAAACUGAUAACAAUAAUCUAAAGUACACUUUAAUUUAAAAAAAAUAAUUAAAAAUAAUUAUGAAAAUAAUUUAAAACAAACCAGUUACAAUGCAAUAUUUAUUCAUUAUAAAACAUAAUAGUUGUACCUACCUACUUUGAGUACAUUAUUCUCAUAAUUAAUAUUACACUAAUUAUCUUAUAGGUGAAAUAAAUACAUUUGAAAACUAUUCCAUUAAAUCUAAAUGCAUAGUACUUUAGAAUUCUGUAAAAUUUUUUCUAAAUUUAAAUAUUUUAUUAAAUUUGAGAAAUUGGUAUUAUUCUAGUGAAAAAGACAUAUUCGCCUAUAUUCUAUCGGGAUGAUAUUCAUCAUAUCUAGGCUAUGUGACAAUAGAAUUCAUCAAGUUACUUGACUAACAAAAGUUUUUGCAACUUUUGUAUACUUAACUGCUAUAUGGAGCUUAAAACGUUUCAAACGAAAGAAUUAUGAAAGACGAUUUCACACGAAGUUCACAAUUUUAAUUGUGCUUCACUUUUGUUUGAUUUUGCGACUAUUGACUGAGUUGUCGCAUAAGAAAUUAAUUUUAACUGUAAUUAGAAUAUUCGCUAAAAUUAUAUUAAUUUUUUUUGCUUGUUUUAAAGCCAAAGAAAAUUAUCAUAAAAUCUUAAUUUCUAAUUAUAACUGGAACACUAUCCGAACUGAAUUUUACACUGAAAGAACAAUAAUUCUUAUUUAAAUUCAAAUACAUAAAUAAUUUAUACGAGACAAACAGAAAACACGGACAAAAAUAUAAACCACAAUAUUUAAAUAAUUAAUUAAAUUAUUUAAAUUAAAUUUCUUUUUUUUUUUUUUUAAAUAUGUGAUAUAUAAAAAAAAAAUUUUUUUUUAUAAUAAUAAUUAUGUUAUAUUAAAUGUAUGUAUAACAGAUUAUAUAAGUUUUGAUGAUUAAAAGAACACAAAGUUACUAGAUUAUUACAAAAGAAAUAAAAAUAUUCUAUAAGGAUAGACACACAAAUUUAUAAAUAUACAUAAU